GUAAACUUAUACUUAUACUUACUUACUUACUUAUACUUAUAAAAUGCGGAAUUUAGGAAGGCCUUUUGGCCUCUUGGAUCCGGACGUGACGAGCUUUGUGUCAGUGUGUCACUGCAUCAGUCGUUGGAAUGUAUGGUGUACUUGGCGUGAGCCCAGUGUUCGUCAAGCCUGGCCUUGAAGCUAUUGACUGAGGGCGCAUCGACGACAGCGGAUGGCAGAGAGUUCCAGUCGUUCAGGACUCGUAUGCUGAAGGCGUUCCGCCGCACUCUGGAGACAGCCCUUGGCUUGGACAGCUUCCACUCAUGCCCUCGAGUUCUGGUCGUCGUCGCCGCAGUGAAGAACUGAGAUGGGUCAACAUCCACUCCCCGUCGAAGCACCUGGUAAACCGAGAUCAUGUCGCCUCGUCGGCGCCGAUAGUAGAGCGAUGGCAAAUUCAGGCUCCGGAGUCUCUCCUUGUAUGGCAGGUGGCGGAUGCUGGCAACCAGUCUCGUGGCCCGUCGCUGUACCCGUUCAAUGCGUUUCUGGUCUUCUCGGUUGAAGGGUCCCCAGACCGCGUUGGCGUAUUCGAGAUGGGGGCGAACCAUGGUCCGGAAGAGUGUUGGAAGCGUAGUCUCAUCAAUUACUCCGAAAGAUCGACGAAUGACUGUCAGAAUGUGUGACGCUUUGGCCACGACUGCGGCAGCCUGUUCCCGGAACUUGAGCUGGUGGUCUAUCUUGACCCCCAGGUCCUUUUCCACCAACGUCUGCUCUAACAUAGUGUCUCCCAUACGGUACAGGUGAUUGGCGUUUCGAGGACCUAGGUGAAGAGACUUGCACUUCGACUGAUUAAAAGGAAGUUGCCAUUUCUCAGACCAUCCGAGCAGGGCAUCGAGGUCUCGUUGCAAAGCCUCCGACUCUGAAGCCUGGCCGACACUUCUGUACAGCUUCGUGUCGUCUGCGAAUAACUUUAGCCCUGACGAGACACAAGCGGGCAGGUCAUUGACAAAGACCAGGAACAGCAACGGGCCCAGGACCGUUCCCUGUGGUACGCCACUGGUGACAGGAACCCAGUCUGACUUUGCCCCAUUUAUCGACACACGCUGCUGUCGGUCAGUCAAGAAGGCCCUUAUCCAUUCGAGCAGCCGACCCCUAAUGCCGCAGGAUUGGAGCUUCAAUAACAGGCGCUGCGUCAUUUCAUCUGAUUUAGGACGUCCUUUUUGGAUUAGAAGCAGAGCACCAUGGCCACGAGACGGCGGACGUCGCAGCGGCGUCGGGCGUCGACGAGCGUCAUUGACCUCACAUGUGACCUGGACUCUGACUCGGAUGGAGAGGUGCUCAUCGUGGGCGAGGCAGCGCCGCCGAUCGUGGCGCCAUUGCAGCGGCCAGAGAUGGACAUUGUUGGCAUGGUGAUGGACCCGGUGCCGCGGGAGCGUCCCCCGACACCGCCGCCGGCGCUGGCGCCAUCACCGCCGCCCGUGCCGGUGGCCGCCACCGACUACCCGCGCAACAACACCGAGACGUGGCUGGAAACGGAGCUCUCCGACCUCACCAUCGACAUCCGUGUCAUGCAGAGCCACGUGCGGGAGGUGAACGCGCGCGCGCCGCGGCCCAACGUGGAGCGCCGCCUGCGCGAGCUGCGCGAGACGCACGGCAUGCUGUCGGCGGUGGUGGCGCAGCUGGCGGCCGGCCGCCGGCUGCGGUUUGAGGGCCUGGCGCGGCCGCUCAGCGCCGAACUGGACGAGCUGGAGCGGCUGCUGGCGCAGCGGCGCGCCGCGGCGGCCGACGCCAUCGGCACCGCCUGGCAGCAGCGCGACACGGCCGGCCCUGUGCGCACGCGGCGCUCCGUGUACCUGGACGACUCGCCGCCGCCGCCGCCGCCGCCGCCGCCUGCGCGGCCGCCGCCCCGGCCGCUGCCGCCGACUCUGGCCGAGAUGGUGCCCGACUCCCCCCCGCGCAGCGAGCCGGCGGCCAGCAGUCGGUCGUCCUCGCCGGCCGGAGCGUCCGGCGGCCUGCAGUGCCCUGUCUGCUGGGAGUCGGUGGUCGCUCUGAAGGAGCAGCAGUGCGGAUUUCUGGUGACCCGGUGCGGACACUGGUUCUGCGAGCCGUGCCUCAGGAGCGCCGUCCGCGUGCGCCGCGAGUGUCCCAUCUGCCGCGCCAAGCUGGGCAGCCGGCCGCCGUACCGGCCGCUCUACCUAUGAACGCCGGCCUCGCUGGGCUGACUACGACUAGUCAGUGGAUGGCCACACCGUUCAGUGGACACAGUGUGCGCAGACGGCGGCGCGCCCGAGCGGGGCUUCGCGCCAUCCUGUCAUAUUCAAAGAAGUCAUGGGAACGGAUUCACACGCGCUGGGUGUUUUUCUAUCGCCCGAGUACUGCUCGCACAUCAGUGGCGCCCGCUGCCGGGUGCGCCGUGGCCAUGAUUCGCAGUUCACUCAUGCUUUACUAAUACCGCUCCGAAUUUUCCAGCAACCUGCGGAUGCUGCGCAGCCGUGUAUGAUCAUAGUAUAUGAGCGGGGCUGCUUAGUGUAUUGUCAUAUCCUAGAACAUGAUGAAGUGUCUUUCCCUUGUAUUAGUUUCACAGUCAUGAAUUACACCAUAGUCGUUGCACUGAUUUUGGGGCGUACUUUUCAAUUAGUGUCCCGUAUAAAAUUUGUAUUAAAUCGUUUGUUCCUCUAGAUCUGUUUGGCGAUGCCUCUUUAUUGUGCUAUUGCUAGAUUUCUUCCAAGCGUUUGCAUUUCUUUUGGUGAAGAACAUGUAGUUUAAUAGUUUUGCGUUAUUAAAUAUGACAAUAUCGACUCAUCUAAUUAUUUUGCCCUUUAUCGCUGUAUAUUGUGUUAGUAGUGCCGCUUUAUUCAUUAUGAUUCUUUUGAAAAGGGUAUGUCCUGUAUAUUGUUGCAAAUUGUACGUUGAACAGGUUUGUGGACAUUCCUGUGAAAGCUAAUACAAUUCAAAGUUUACGUUUUA